AUGGCCCACAAUUGUACGCUCGUCGGUACUUUUAAAGUUCUGCACUCUCAGCGCGCCAUCACGUACACCUACAACAAAUGUACCGGCGGCGGCAGCGGCAACCACAAUCUAUUAUCAAACGAUGCACUUGCGCAAUCCAUUGCAGAUUGGGAACGCGAAGCCGUCUCCAAGGCCGAAAUAUUACGUCUCAUAUAUCAAGGUAGAUUUCUACAUUGCAAUGUUACAUUAGGAGCACUGGGACUUCCGCUAGGCAAAACGACUGUAAUGCAUUUAGUGCCGCGUGAUAAUUUGCCAGAACCCAACUCGCAAGAUCAAAGACAAAAGAGUAAAGGAGGUUCCAGUAGAUGCUGUUCAACGACAUGCUGUAUUUUGUAACUAAAUUAGCCAAUAGCAAAUAAAUUAAUUUAAAUAUAUUAUAAUUAUAAUGCAUACAAAAGAAAAACAAAAAAAAAACGGAAGAAAUAUAUUUUCUAAUAAUUGAAGUUAAACUCAAAUAAGCGAGUAUAGUUUUAAAUCAAAACUAAAUAAUAUAAACAAAUAUGAAAAUGAGAAUAUGAGUAUUUGGUAGAAUGUUUCAAAUGUGAAGAUUGUGAAUCCAAGUAUAGUAGUUGGCAAAUUUUUAAAAUAGUGAAAAUUAAAAAACAAAAUAAAUUUAAUUUAAAGUGAAAAAGAUAAUACGGAGCAAGUCUUAAAAAAUAAUUUAAUAAAUAAACAAAAAAGCUGAAAACUUGUGAGAAGCAGUUAUUAGUACAUUUAAGUGUAGGGGUCUAAGGAAACUUAGAGGUUUAUAGUUGUCGACCGGAGAAGAAAUUUGUGCAAAAGGGUUUAACAUAAAUAAACAUAUGUAUAGUAAUAAAUAAUAUAACAUACUUACUUACUUAUAUAUAUAUAAACAUAUAUAUUUACAUUCAAAAUAACGUGUACUUGUAGAUAUAAUAUUUAUGUUAAUAAAAUUAAGUAGUGAAUUAUAAACAAAGACAGAGUUUAUGAAAUUCAAUUGCAUUGACUUGAGUUUAGUUAUACUACUCUUUGUAUGUAUGUAUGUAUAUUAGGCCGUACCACCUUUCAGGCAAACGAAAAAGUGCGCCGCACACCGCUGAGUCUAAAGAGUUUUUGCAAGGCAAUUAAAAAA